AUGCCGUUGCUGCAAUUCGCCUUUCACGAGGCUGCACCGCGGCCUACGCGCCUCGGCGGGAACCGAUUUUGUAGGGCGAGCAGUGAGCCGCCCCCUCCCGCCGCGCGCACACACCGCGCCCCCCCGCCGUCGCCCGCACGAGUCAUUGUGCUCAGUGCGAGUGACGGGGCCCGCCUUGGCCACGCCGUGCGCGACCUGUGCCUGUGCCCGUGCCGUUGCCUCGAGCCCUGGCCGGCUCGGACCACCCCUGCCCGCCUGCACCGCAGUGACCUCUCAACAGGUGAGCCCCAGGCCAUACGGACCGUAGGCCGUCAGCGCAUCUCUCGGAUUCCUAGCAAGCACCCGAAAAAGUUCCUUAAAUAC